GAGUUUAGCGCACAACUUUCCAGAGUUCCGUAGCAGAGCAGAGCAAGACACACGAGACUAGAGUGGAGGUAGUUGAAAGGAUCUGAAGCUUUUCACUUGACCAGAGUUUUGGUUCUCUUGAACUUUUGACUGACUACAUUCUACUUUAUUUUGUGAGGCUAUUUAAACUCCAUCGUUUUCUUUCGAGUGCUUGGCACCACUUUCAAGUCGUUUGAAUGUAUAACAUGAUGGAAACCGAGAUUAAAAGCCCCCUUCCGCAGUCCAACUCGGUGGCGGGUGGCAAAAACAACAGUUCCAACGACCAGGACCGGGUGAAGCGGCCUAUGAAUGCUUUCAUGGUGUGGUCCCGCGGCCAGCGGAGGAAGAUGGCUCAAGAGAAUCCCAAAAUGCACAACUCUGAGAUCAGCAAGCGCCUCGGUGCUGACUGGAAAAUUUUAACUGACGCCGAGAAGAGACCCUUCAUUGAUGAGGCCAAACGCUUACGAGCCAUGCACAUGAAGGAGCACCCGGAUUACAAAUACCGUCCCCGCAGGAAGACCAAGACCCUGCUGAAGAAAGACAAGUAUUCCUUGCCCGGAGGACUCUUGGCACCCGGUGCCACCGCUGUCAACAGCGCCGUGUCAGUGGGUCAGCGGAUGGACUACACGCACAUGAACGGCUGGACGAACAGCGCGUACUCCCUCAUGCAGGACCAGCUGGCCUACCCUCAGCAUCCCAGCAUGAACAGCCCCCAGCUCCAGCAGAUGCACCGGUACGACAUGGCGGGACUUCAGUACCCGAUGAUGUCCACGGCCCAGACCUACAUGAACGCCGCGUCCACCUACAGCAUGUCCCCAGCAUACACGCAGCAGACUUCCAGUGCAAUGGGUUUGGGCUCCAUUGCUUCAGUGUGCAAGACAGAACCCAGUUCUCCUCCUCCGGCCAUAACCUCUCACUCUCAGCGUGCUUGUUUGGGAGACCUGAGGGAUAUGAUAAGUAUGUACCUGCCCCCCGGAGGAGACAGCGCCGACCACGCCAGCCUACAGAGCAGCCGGUUACACAGCGUUCACCCGCACUAUCAAAGCGCAGGGACUGGCGUGAACGGAACGCUACCCCUGACCCACAUCUGAAAGACUCCUGAAAAAGACUAAGUACGUCGGAUACUUGAACAUUUUGAUUUGCAAAAAAUAAUCGAAGUUCAAUAUCUAUUUUUAAUCUCAAUGAGUUGUCCGUUUUAGAGCAUUUUAUGACGACAUAUCGGGACUUCUGAAUAAACUGUAUUGCAGAGGAGCUUUUUGUCAUAAGCUGUAAAGCAAUCAACGUCUGUCGGAAAAUACUGGACUUCUGACUUAUUUGCCGUCAGAGUUUGACUCAAUGAAAAAGGCACGUGGUUUCGUGAAGAGACUGUAGCCUAUUUCAAAAACAAAAAAGAAAGAAAAAUGGAGGGAGACUACGUUCACUCAUAAAUGUUUACACUUAUUUUUAGAAUGCCAGUUUUGUCCAGAUCUGUGUAGGUUUUGUUGUUGUUCAUUUAUGAACUAGGUUUUAUUGAAAUGAAAAACUGUGCUGGUCGCAAGCGCAAAGUUUGUUUUAUUUAUAGUGAGGUUUUUUUAAAGCUUGUGAACGAUUGUAGAUCUUGUUGAAAUGUUCCACUUUUGUUUUGUGAAUGUUUCUUUCUGUGAUGCUAUGGCUGUAUCAGGUUAUAGCCCAUUAUGUGAGACGGAGAGUUUUAUUUAAACUGACGUUUCUACUCAAGACCAUCCUAUCCCUAAAAUGAAUAAAUUUGUUUUACAAAAAAG